UAAUGACAAAAAUCUAAAAGUUAAAUUUCCAUUUAAAAAUGAAAGCUACACUCUGCAGUUUGGAUUGAUACCAUUAAAAUCAAGCUGAAUCUGAUAAAUGGCCGGUCCGACUCUGCACCUCUCGGGGUUGCUCGAGAGCGGGCGUGGGCUCCAGCACCGGCCAGGUUGCCACCUCGCUGCGGAGACCAGCUGGACCGCGCAAGGGUACGAGCUCCGCGAGGUCUCAGAUGAGGAAAGUGGGCCGCGCCCGGACACCCAGGGGAAGCUUCGAUCCGAGUCCUGAGGAACCGGCGAGACCUGAAUGCUCAGAGGGGAAAUAACGAGCUCGUGGGGGACUAGCUGGGACAAAGGCCCAGGGAUACUCGCAGUGGGGACCAAACAUCUUCUAGAGCACCCAGUGGUCCCAAGGUACCCGGUCCCCUUAAGUUGGCGCUGGAGAGAAAAACUGGGAUGGCAAUCAAAGCGCCUAGAAAAAGGCCCGGGACGGAUGGGCGUGGGGGCAAGUGAACAUCGUUUUCCCGGGAUGCGCGGUGGGAUGGCAGCUCGGGCGGAGGCUCUGCACAGCCUCUAAAGCCUGGCAAGCUCCAGAGGAGAAAGAUGCCAAAUUAGGGCGCUGUCCGCUCUCUUGCUCGAGUGCCGCCGCUGGCUUCCCGGACGGCAGAGGAAAUCGGAUUCGAGAGGGUUCCCCUCUGGGAACCAUCGCGCAGCGUGGGUGGGGCAGGUCUCCUCUCCCACCCUCACAAGGCCCUGCCCGAGCCGCCCCGCGUCCCCAGUAGUUUCCGGGAGCCUCCAGGCGUCUGACCCCACCGGAUCCCUCCCUCCACACUGAUUUCCUUGCUCGGGCUCCGGCGCUGGGGCCUCGGGGCGGGUCCCUGACGCCCGCACCUGCCCCCGGAGGCGGAGCGCGGCGGCGACAGUGCGGCCCCAGCCUCUGCCACCAGCCGCACGAGUCGCACGGCUCCUCGACACCCCCGCCCCCCAGCAGCCGGCGCACCUCCGCUCCGCCGCGCCCUCACUCCCUCCCUCUCCGCGCUGUCCGUCCGUCCCUUCGCCCGCUGCGAGCCGCAGCGCCUCGCACUUCUGACUCGAGUCUCGGUUGUGCUCGUUGUCGCCGCUGCGAUCUGCUGUCCCGCGCCAUGGAGCCGGCCGCGGGCAGCGAGCGCCGCAGCCCUCCGGGCCCCGCAGUCCCGCCACCGCCUCGGGGCCACGCGCCCUUGGCCGCCACCCCGGGUCCGCUGAGCUCCCCAGCGCAGGAACCGCUGCAUCCCGAGGAGGGGCAACAGCUGCGGAUCAGCCAGAGCGGCCAGUUCAGCGACGGUCUGGAAGAUCGAGGCUUACUAGAAAGCAGCACUCGUCUAAAACCUCACGAAGCUCAGAACUACAGAAAGAAGGCGUUGUGGGUCUCCUGGUUCUCCAUUAUUGUGACACUGGCUCUGGCGGUGGCCGCCUUUACUGUCUCCGUUAUGAGGUACAGCGCCUCUGCUUUUGGGUUUGCAUUUGAUGCCGUCCUUGAUGUCCUGUCGUCGGCGAUUGUCCUGUGGCGUUACAGCAACGCGGCCGCUGUCCACUCUGCCCAUAGGGAAUACAUAGCCUGCGUCAUCUUGGGGGUGAUAUUCCUUCUGUCAUCCAUAUGUAUAGUGGUCAAAGCCAUCCAUGACCUCUCAACUAGGCUGCUCCCAGAAGUGGACGAUUUCCUGUUCAGUGUCUCCAUUCUAAGUGGGAUCCUUUGCAGCAUCCUGGCCGUGUUGAAGUUUAUGCUGGGGAAGGUGCUGACCAGUAGAGCGCUCAUAACAGACGGGUUUAACUCCCUCGUGGGAGGAGUGAUGGGCUUCUCCAUUCUUCUGAGCGCUGAGGUGUUCAAGCAUAACGCGGCGGUCUGGUACCUGGAUGGCAGCACAGGUGUGCUGAUUGGCCUCACCAUAUUUGCGUACGGGGUCAAACUUCUCAUCGACAUGGUGCCCCGGGUGAGGCAGACGCGCCACUACGAGAUGUUUGAGUGAAGGCGCCCAGAGCCACCCGUUCUGCAUCCACAUGAAGACCAUCAGGACGACGAAAGGUUUCCACAGACGGUGCCAAUAUUUAACUGAACAUCCAAUUUCUUUUUUGGAAAGUUUGUGUUCAUGGGAAUGAGGUCUGCCCAGCAGGUUGGUCUGCACUGCUCCCCUCAUGCCACUGCUCCCGUCAAACCCCUUAGGACACCACCCACAGGAGGGGAGACUGGUGUCCCCAUCUCCGGUGGGAACUGACCUGUUCUAUUUUCUGGGGUAAAAAGGUUCUUGUGGGUAGGAUAAGAUCUCAGCUUGGCAGAAAGUUCUUCUGUGGUGCUCCAGGACUGAAAUGGAUAACAACGGACCAGACCCACCUCCUCGGGACUCUGAGGGGCCCCAGCCACCUCGUAGGUCUAGUCUCUUACCUCCUGUCAGAAUUUAAGGGGAGACGGUACGUACCCUUUUGUCCCUCACCCCUCUACAUACCCAGAACCAUCAGUAUAUUUCACUUCCUAAUUUCUAUCAGUGUAUUUCAUUAAUUUCAUACUGUUUUACUAACCCUCUCUCUCAAUAGAUUUGUUCAAAAGGAGACCAUUCUAUUUUUAAAGUACGUAGUGAUAAAUGUAUGAGCUUUGCAUGGACGAACUAAAGCACACAACCCUUUCUUGUACAUUCAGAACCUGAACAUACAUGUAAAGACAGAAUCCAUUUUUGACAGAUGUGAAACUAGUUUAUUUGUAAUAAAUAAUUAUAUAAUCCAUAUAUGCAUAUAUCUAUAUGCUGUGUUAAGUGGUAAUGAUACAUUACAGUCUGUUAGAGAUGGGUGACUCCUCUGUAAGGAACAGGAUGUCUUUAGUUUAUCACAUUAGGUAUAGAUUCUGUAAAAAUGUUCCCCAACAUACAACAGUCUGUACCUCUAGCACUGCUGCUUGUCCAGGCGACAGUGUCUGACCAAUAAAGACCUUUACCUGUUUUGUAUGGUACAAAGAGGAGUUAUCUUUGAGAGUUGUCACCGUCGUGCGCAGGUUUUCCAUUGUGACUGAAGGGUGACGUGGAAGGGUCACUUGUUCCUAAUGGCGUGUAAAUGGACACCUGAAGGACUGGCAUGGUGGGCUUUGUGGCCUCUGUGGGGCACGCAUCCCUGCCACUCAGGUGAGGAGAGUGGCCACGCAUUCAUUUGGUCAUGCCCGAGGCCCUUGGAGCUGACUUUCCCGGAAUUGACGGGGGCUGCUCCCCUCCGUCUGUGCCCCAUCUCCCACCUGGCUGUGUCAGGCUGGUUAAGAGAGGACGGUUUGCUCUACGAGGUCCCUGGUUUAGCCAGAUGCUUUCAGCCUGGCUUCCUCCAACCGUAUUUUGAGACGUGUCCUGUGGGAUGUUAACAUGGUACACGGAAAAAGGGUAGACUGUUUGAACAGGUCUGGGAAAUGCAAGAUUCAGGAGGUUUCUUUUCUGCAGGUUUUCUCAUUGUAUUUACUAUCCAGUGUGGAAACUCAGGGGAAGCUAGGAUGUCGCCUCCCUUGAGCACUCGAGUUUUUCUUGGCACCUGUUUUGAGAUUUGCGUUUCACCAAAUCUGCCAUACCUGGGGCCGGCAUGGUGUCUGCAUUGUUCAGCAGCUUGGAGCUCCGCCGGCUUCAGAGGCUGUGAGCAGCGCUGAGCCAUGCCUUCCUGCGUCACCAGGAGGCAAGCCCUUGCUGUGGCACCGACUUGACCUUCCGUGUCUUGGGCAUAUGCCUAACUGAGUGCUCACGGGCCACUGAGCCCUGGGUAAAAGAGUUCUCUUUGUGAAGGGGGUGAGGGGCAUGUAUUCCAGGUCUAACAGCCCUCAGCACUUUUAGGAGUAUUUUACCAGCACAGCCUUAAAUAGUUUGAAACAUCUGAAGUAGUACAGUUAUCUCAACAACAAACAAACAAACAAUAAGACCCCCAUUCUAAUUCAGUCCCCUUGCAGGUAAAUGCCCUGAAAUGAGUACUGGCAGGUGUGAUAUAAGGGAAAGACUACUCCACAGUCAACUCCUCCACGCCUGAAACAGACCUUCCUGUCAGCGUCUACAGCAGUGUUUGCCAACGUGGGGGACGCAGCGGGGCUGUGUUCUGCAGGAGACCGUGCGACCCACCCAGCCCCCAGAAAAAGCACUUCCACCCGUCAGACAAGAAAAGUUUAUUGAAAAAUAAAGUUCUCCCUAGUUUUCUCUACAACAGUGGAAAACAAAGCAGUGCUCUCUAUGCCGGUACAGUACAUUUGGACAGCGACACCUCAUUUGCAGAAUCCCACACUACUUAACCUCAGAGUGAAGAGCAGGAAAUGGUUGUACCAGGAGGUUUUUUUGAAGACACAGAUGCAAACGGCCAUUAGCUUAAAGACAUCAAGGUUGUGACAGCAGCUACAAUAGACAGGACACCUCACCAUCUCCUUUGGCAUUGAGUGCUACACUACCGUCUGGUUAAUACCUGGCCAGGACAGUGAAGCAAAAAUGCUCCCCAAGUUUGUUCCCUCUCCCCUUUGGCAGAGGUGGUGAAGUUCCCAUGCCACUGUCCCAGCCAGGCUGUCAGACCUCCAGCAUGGCACUGCUCACCAUGUGCCCCGCCCCCCACCUACCCACGGUCCUUCCGCCGUGCCUCACCAGCUGCAGGGGGUGGGGGAGAUCACCUGAUGGCUCCACAAAAUCGGGGCUGGAAGGAAUGAUGCUUUGAAGAAGGUAAAUUCCAAUCUUAUACCCACAAAAGUUUAAGACUGCUGAUUCAGCUGAAGAGAAAACAAAGGAACUUAAAAGACGCGGGACUGGCAAAUUCCUUCAUAUUUCACAACUGCAAUCUAUGCAGAAUAGGGCCAAGACAGGGGAAGAGGUACAGCUCUUAG